AAAUGUUCCCAAAUCUCAGUCCCCAACUCACCUUUUUUGACCAUUCUUCUUUGAUCUACCUUUCUUACAACCCCACAUAACAACUCAUCAUUAAUAUCUUCAUCUGUCAGUCCAACCCCCCCCAACCAACAAAAACACAAAUCAAAUCUCAAUUUCUUCAUAUUAUCUUAUUAUAGCAGCUCUCUAAUUUAUUUUUUUUAAUUUUUUUUUUGGUAUUAUAAUGGAGUCAUCAUCAGCUUCACAAGAACAGAAUGAAGUACAAACAAAUCUUCCAUCGUCUGUAGUAAGACCCGUUUCAAGAACCGGGGCUCCGAAUAAUAAUCAUAAUAAUAGUAAUAGUAAUAUGGUUAUGGGUAAACAUCGUCUUGCUGCUGCUAUUGCUGCUCUCAAUCAACAAAUCCACAUCAUUCAGGAAGAAUUGGAUCAGCUAGAUUCAUGUGGUGAAGCUUCCCUUGUCUGCGGAGAAUUAGUUUCAAGUGUUGAGUUAAUACCUGAUGCUCUUCUUCCAGUGACUAGAGGACCAAUAAAUGUUCAUUUGGAUAGAUGGUUUCAUGGAGCUAAUGAUUCAAGGCGCAACAAACGCUGGAUAUAAAAAGGCAUUUGUAACACAAAUUGAGCAAAGCAUUUUUUAUAUCAUCUUUUUUUUUUUUUUAAAGUUUAUUUUGUAAUUAGAAAUUUUAAUUCCUAUGGCUUCUUGGCUCUUUAAAAUUCUAUCCAAUUGCUAAUGUUGUGAUGUGACAAAAUUACUCUGUUGAUUUUAAGUUUAAUAACCCAUUGUCAUUCUUCUGGUC